GUGCAAUCAUGUAGGUUCAUUCCCACGGAACAGAAGUGCACACUUUUUUUCUCUCUGAAUGUAUCAUUACGUACUGACAAGUGAGCAAUCUGGUAGAUUAUUUGGCAACAUCAUACAGACACUAGCUGUUUUAUUCAUCUUAUUAAUUAAUCACCAUCAGCGCUGUGCAGUUUCUAAAAACAGAUUGAAUAUCAUGCAAUAAUUUAAAAGGAUUUGUAAAACAAAUUAAAAUAGACAUCAAAUAAUGGAAUCACAGAGAACUGAAACAAGAAAACAAAAACGUAAACAAAGGAAGAAGUUAUCACGAUUUGUUCCAUACGCAUCUGGUUUUAAACCACCAAGUAAGUCUUCGCAGUUAAAAGCUAUAGGAUUUGUGUCACCACCCACCAUUGAGCCCGUCUUCAGCCCAUCACCAGAGUUCUUUCAACCAGUACCACACCCGAUAAGUAUUGACGACUGGCUGGCACAGUAUGCAGAGGAGGGACAGACAUACAACCAGUUUGUCAGAGAGUGUCCUUGGUUCUCUAGGAGAAAGGUGAAAUACAUGAACCAAGAAUUCAAUCCUGAGGGUAAAACCCUUUCCGAGAAAUACCCUGAUGGUAAGGUUUACAUUGGUUUAGUUGGAGAGUUCAACCAGAACCUGGUGGUCUUUGAUGACUUUGUUGAUUACGUCAGAAGAUUUCUGUGUCUACCUGUAGCGGUUUUACCUGCGUUGACUCUAGAUCAUGUCAAAGGGAGAGUGUCCAUUGUGGAAAGACCCACAGAGUCCAGUAACGAAGGUACAAAACGCACAAAGACUUUAUCUACUCGCGUGAAGAAAACGGAACUCGUCACAAGACAAAACGCUAAGUCGGGCCACUUUCAAAUUAGGGUGGAUUCCAUCUUGCCGAAGCUACGUCAGGUGAUUCCAAGCGAUGCCCUGUGUUUGAUUACACUGACAUCUCAUGACCUCUACGGAGACAACAGUGACCUGUUUGUUGCUGGAAUGGCUGCCGGCAACCAACGAGUCGCUGUAUUCAGCGUAUUUCGCUACGAUCCAUCCAUGACGUUUUCUAUCGAAUUCUGGCAUCAGAUUUUCAAAUCCAAAGUUGUCAGUGAAACGGACAAGAAGCGUCUACUGUUGCAGAGGAGCUGCAAGUUGCUUGUGCAUGAGAUUAGCCAUCUUCUUGGAAUAGCCCACUGCGUCCACUUCGAGUGUUGUAUGAAUGGGUCGGGACAUCUGGAGGAGGAUUUCCGACAGCCCAUGCAUCUUUGUCCCGUUGAUCUGCACAAGCUGCAGGCUCUCUGUGGGUUUGACGCGUUACAAAGGUACGAAUCGCUGUUGGACUUCUACAAGCGUCAUCAAAUGCGGAACGAAGCGGCCUGGGUAGAGAGAAGACUCCAGUUCAUUAAGUCUACUUUGUAAAUUCAUCAGUAUAUAAUACAAAGAGUAUCGCACAAGCGAAUGUGAUAAUAUCUACUUUUAUGAGUCAGCGUUUCAUAUAUGGAUUAUUACACGAGGUAGUAUAAUGAUCGAAAUAUAUGAAAUGAACAUGCACUAUAAGAAAGAAUACGUUGCUAUAUAAUUGUACUUGAUUUUCAAUGAUUCGUCACCGUGAAAUUGAGUGUGUCUAUUUCAAAUUGCUUGUAGAUUAAUGAUUCAGUUUUUGGUCUUCAGGAACAAAGUUUACGACGAAUUUAAUAACUUCUUACGGUAGGUACAUAUAUGUAAUAAUAAGAUGUGCCUAAAAUUUAAAAUCAAAUCAUUAUUUUACGUGUAUCAGUACCAUAGUACUGUUUAUUUUGAAGCAUUAAUUAGAUUUGAUUUUUGUGUUGUUAUUCUGCUUGAAGAGUAAGUUAAUGUUAUGUGAAUCGAAGUACUUUUAGAUUCUUGUUGCUUUUCGUAUACUAUAUUUUAUCCUAUUUUGACUGUGAUAAUAUGAUAUAAAAGUCAUGCAGAUACUCAGGUUUCAAGUUCAGUCCUGUUGUAACCUAUGUACGUCUAUAUAUUUAUUUACUCAAUAAAGACAUUAUUUCCGUC